GUUCCCGGCCGGCUCGAGGCUGCUCCAAUGGGGCGGGGGCCGCCCGCAGGGCCGGGCGGGGCUAGGUUACCAUCUGGAGUCGCUGCCGCCGGCGGCCACAGUCAAGGAGCGAUCGCGGGAGUGCAAGCAGGGCUGGAGGGAGUGCAGCCGCCGCCGCCGCCGCUACAGCGGCGGCACAUGGACCAGCCCCGCCGCUGCCGCCGCCCCUAGCGCCGGCGGCCCCCGUCUCACAGCCUCCCGCAGCUCCGGCCACUCGACCAGCCAUGUCUCUCAGCGGAGCCUCUGAGCGCAGCGUCCCGGCCACCAAGAUUGAAAUUACCGUGUCCUGCCGGAACCUGCUGGACCUCGACACCUUCUCCAAGUCCGACCCCAUGGUGGUGCUUUACACGCAGAGCCGGGCCAGCCAGGAGUGGCGAGAGUUCGGACGGACAGAGGUGAUUGACAACACGCUGAACCCAGACUUUGUGCGCAAAUUCGUCCUGGACUACUUCUUUGAGGAAAAGCAAAACCUGCGCUUUGAUGUAUACAACAUUGACUCCAAAACCAACAUCUCCAAACCGAAGGAUUUCCUGGGACAAGCGUUCCUGGCCCUGGGAGAGGUGAUCGGAGGCCAGGGCAGCCGUGUAGAGCGACCCCUCAUGGGUGUACCAGGCAAGAAGUGUGGGACCAUACUGCUGACUGCAGAGGAGCUUAGCAAUUGUCGGGACAUUGCCACCAUGCAACUUUGUGCAAACAAGCUGGACAAGAAGGAUUUCUUUGGAAAGUCAGACCCCUUCCUUGUGUUCUAUAGGAGCAAUGAGGAUGGCACGUUCACCAUCUGCCACAAGACGGAGGUUGUGAAAAACACACUGAAUCCUGUGUGGCAACCCUUCAGCAUCCCUGUGCGGGCAUUGUGCAAUGGAGACUAUGACAGAACAGUGAAGAUUGAUGUGUACGACUGGGACCGGGAUGGAAGCCAUGACUUCAUCGGUGAGUUCACCACCAGCUACCGGGAGCUGAGCAAGGCCCAGAACCAGUUCACAGUGUAUGAGGUACUUAACCCUCGGAAGAAAUGUAAGAAGAAGAAAUAUGUCAAUUCAGGAACUGUGACGCUGCUCUCCUUUUCUGUGGACUCUGAAUUCACUUUUGUUGAUUACAUCAAGGGAGGGACACAGCUGAACUUCACAGUAGCCAUUGACUUCACAGCUUCUAAUGGGAAUCCUCUGCAGCCCACCUCCCUGCACUACAUGAGUCCCUACCAACUCAGCGCCUAUGCCAUGGCCCUCAAGGCAGUGGGAGAAAUCAUCCAGGACUAUGACAGUGACAAGCUCUUCCCAGCCUAUGGCUUUGGGGCCAAACUGCCUCCAGAGGGACGGAUCUCCCACCAGUUCCCCCUGAACAACAAUGAUGAGGAUCCCAACUGUGCGGGCAUUGAAGGUGUGUUGGAGAGCUACUUUCAGAGCCUGCGCACAGUGCAGCUCUAUGGGCCCACCUACUUUGCUCCUGUCAUCAACCAGGUUGCCAGGGCUGCAGCCAAAAUCUCUGAUGGUUCCCAAUACUACGUUCUGCUCAUCAUCACUGAUGGGGUAAUCUCUGACAUGAUGCAGACCAAGGAGGCCAUUGUCAGUGCCUCCUCACUGCCCAUGUCUAUCAUUAUUGUCGGUGUGGGACCAGCCAUGUUUGAAGCAAUGGAAGAGCUGGAUGGUGAUGACGUGCGCGUGUCCUCUAGGGGACGCUAUGCAGAACGGGACAUCGUUCAGUUCGUCCCAUUCCGAGACUAUGUUGACCGGUCAGGAAACCAGGUGCUGAGUAUGGCCCGACUAGCCAAGGACGUGCUGGCUGAGAUCCCAGAGCAGCUGCUGUCCUACAUGCGCACCAGGGAUAUCCAACCUCGCCCCCCACCUCCUGCCAACUCCAGACCAACUCCUGCUCCAGAACAGCCCUGAGGAGCCUACCUAUUCCGUAACUAGCAGCCUGCUUGCCUGCCCACCCACUGCUUCUGCUGAAAGCCAGAGGCACCUGGAGCCCUGGACCUUACUGAGUCCAGCUUAGAGGAUCAGUGCUGGCUGGUCGAGCCC